AUGGCUAUCAAUCCAAAGGUCCUCAUACCGUUCCUGGUGGCCAUGAUGUUGGUGACUGGCGUGUGCAAUACACUCCUCACCAAGUAUCAAGACAAUGUCUGCGUUCGGAAUUGCGACGACCCAAAUCCUAAGAAACGAGCAUUAUUCGAACAACCAGUGAUACAGACGGCCCAAAUGUUUAUCGGAGAGAUGGGUUGCUGGCUCUUCGUCGGUGCAUUUUCUCUCUACAAUCGUUAUGUCGCAAAGAACCCAAAGCCCGAAGUGGAUGGUUAUGAAGCAGUUGAUACAUAUGAAGAAGAGGCCGCGGAUAAUGAUGGUGCCAGUAUCAUGUCAAGCUCUACUGCAAAGGCAUUGGCAAUGAACGCGGAGGACAGACUACCGUUGACGGGUUGGAGAGUGCUUCUGUUGGCCUUGCCGGCUAUCUGUGAUAUCUGUGGAACGACUUUGAUGAACGUCGGUCUUUUGUUUGUAGUGCCCUCGAUUUACCAAAUGACUCGAGGGGCUUUGGUACUCUUUGUUGGGGUCUUCAGUGUAGUAUUUCUGAAAAGAAGACUUCACUUAUUUCAAUGGUUUGCUUUAGUGACCGUUGUCCUUGGAGUCGCUAUUGUUGGUAUGGCCGGAGCCCUCUACAAGGAUGACAAAGCUGCACCAUCCUCAAUAGCGCUCGCCCAUGAAGCACUCAAACUAGCAGCUAGGGAGGCUAGAACGCCGGAAGCCCUACGCGCCAUAAUUGGUGUAUUUCUGAUAGCUGGCGCCCAGAUCUUUACUGCUUCUCAGUUUGUCUUGGAGGAAUACAUUCUAGAAAAUUAUGCCCUCGAACCUCUUAAAGUCGUUGGAUGGGAAGGCCUCUUUGGGUUUGGGGUCACGGUUAUCGGUAUGGCCGUUCUCCAUCUUGCAGUCGGUAGAACUGCAGCAGGAAGAUAUGGAUACUUUGAUCUUGUUGAAGGAUGGAGACAAGUUACACAUUACAAAGCCAUUCGGGUUUCAAGUGUACUUAUUAUGAUCAGCAUCGGUGGUUUCAAUUUCUUUGGACUUUCUGUAACGAGAACAGUUAGUGCCACAUCGAGAUCCACCAUCGACACUUGUCGUACGCUUUUUAUCUGGAUCGUAUCACUGUUCUUGGGCUGGGAAACCUUCAAGUGGUUGCAGGUUCUUGGAUUCGCAUUACUCGUUUACGGUACCUUCCUGUUCAACGACCUUGUCCGACCUCCUAUGAAAUCAUGCAUUGUACGUGAUGUUGAUGAGCUCUUGCCAGAAGAACCCAUUGAACAUUUGUAA